GCAUCUACUACUAGACUCUAGAGAGCUGGAGAUGGAACUUGGUCUCUCGUGAGUUUCUGGACGUGACUAGGUGGGGACCGCUGGUCAAGAGUUGACAAGCCCAGACCCAGAAUGGCUUCGGAUGCUCUAACGUUGGGUGGCCCCAGGUUUGUGCUUCCAAAGCAAUCAUGCUUGAGGACGGCGGCAGAACGAUUUGAGAAAUGUGCUCGUUUAUCUAAGGGACCAUCAUUAGAUGUACAUCUGAGAAGCCAGUGUUCUAGAAAAGGUGUGAGCUCAGUAAGAGCCGACAGCAGGCAAGACGAGUCGGCGAAGGGCGCCUUGCCAAUUGCUACACACGCAGAGGGCAGACGGCAGGUGUUGCUGGCGCUAGCGGCAGCAGCGUCGGCAAUUGCAGCUCAUUAUGGAAGAGCAAAUGCUGCUGAAGGAAAUGCUGCUGAAGGAAACCGGAAAUUCACCGAUAUGCCCGCUAUUCGAGGCAAAGACUACGGUAAGUCUGCGAUGAGGGCCGGUCCUGACUACAUCCUGACUGAAACCGGGUUGCAGUACAAGGAGUUGAAACCAGGGCUUGGACCACAAGCUAAGAAAGGGCAAGUAGCCGUGGUCGACUGGGAUGGGUACACUAUCGGGUACUUGGGCCGCCCUUUCGAGGCUCGGAAUAAGUCGAGGGGAGGCUCUUUCGAGGGGUCUGAAAAGGAUUUCUACAGGUUCCGCUUGGGGGACAACAAGGUCAUUCCAGCCUUUGAAGAAGCGGUGGCUGGGAUGCGUGUAGGGUCAAUACGAAGGAUUAUUGUGCCCCCCGAGCUUGGCUACCCGAACAACGACUACUCCAAGGCUGGGCCGCAGCCCCAAACAUUCUCGGGCCAGCGCGCAUUGGACUUCGUCCUCAAGAAUCAGGGCCUCAUUGAUAAGACGUUGCUCUUUGACAUCGAGUUGCUUAAGUUAGAAGACUGAGCCCACUAUCAGUAGCCGUUCUGUCUAAUCUGCUGUUGAACACGAAGCACGGUAGCAAGCUUUGAUGGACACGAGGUAUCCAAGCGAGCAGGUGUAACUUUUAGAUGACCCGUUGCUUUUCCAGUGCUUGCAGCCUGUUGUCGGACCAGCUUUAAGGACUCCAUUUGAGAUCUCGACAAGGGCAGCUUGUUGAAAUAUGUUGAAACUAUGGUGGCUUUUCCAAUCAUGUGAUACCUGCAUAUGCCUCCUACUCGCAGCAGCAAUACCCUUAUCCCAUAGCGUCGGUGAUUACUCGAACGGGCUGACGGUCUUGUGAAAAAGGACACUUGUCUACUCAGUUGCGUAUGAAUCUUGGAUUCAAACAUUAUCAGUUUGAUGCCAUAAGUCGAC